AUGAUUUCUCGUCCCUCGUUUGCCUUCAUAUCGGCCAUUCGCGUCGCCCAGGCGCUCAAUCACGGCCACCUCCCCCCUCUCCCCGACGACUACGACGUGCUUCAAUAUGUUGAUCCGCUGAUUGGGAGCGCCAAUGGAGGUAACGUCUUCGCGGGCGCGUCCCUCCCCUAUGGCAUGGCGAAAGCCGUCGCCGACACCGAUUCCGAAAGCAACCAGGGAGGUUUCGCGUACGAUGGCAGCAAAAUAACCGGAUUCUCCAGUCUUCACGAUUCCGGCACCGGUGGCCAGCCAUCGCUGGGCAACUUCCCGCUCUUCCCGUACGUGUCGUGUCACGAUGACAACGUCGAUGGCUGCGUAUAUCCCAAGAAGGAGAGGAAGACGACCUACCACAACGACUCGGUCACCGCCACCCCAGGCCACUUCGGAUUGACCAUGGAGUCGGGCAUCAGGGUCGACAUGACCGUCGCCCAUCACACGUCGCUCUUCCAGUUCCAGUUCCCGUCCAGCAAUGCGACCAAGCCCCUGAUCCUGCUGGACCUCACCGACCUGUCCGACACGCGACAGGACAAUGGCACUAUAUCCGUUGAUGCGGAGUCGGGCCGCAUGACCGGCCAUGCGACUUUUCUGCCCAGCUUCGGCAGUGGCUCGUACACUCCUUACUUCUGUGCGGACUUUCGUAGCGCAGCGUCGGUCCGCGACAGCGGCAUCUUUGUCAACUCGCGCGCGAGUACCGACGUCCAGGACCUGACCAUCUCUCGCGGCAUCAACGGAUAUCCUCUUCCUGGCGGUGCGUUCAUCCGGUUCCAUGCUCCAGACAACAUCAUCCAAGCGCGCAUGGGCUUGAGUUUCAUCAGCAGCGAGCAGGCAUGUCGCAACGCCGAAACCGAGAUCCCCCACUUCGACUUCAACGCGACGCGAUCCGCCGCCGUGGAUAUCUGGAGAAAGAAGUUUGCACCCAUUCGGGUGUCGAGGCAGGGCGUCGACAGGUCCUUCCUGGUCAACUUCUACAGCGGCGUCUACAGGACCAUGAUUAACCCGCAGGACUACACCGGAGAGAACCCGCUGUGGAAGAGCAGUGAGCCGUACUUUGAUUCCUUCUACUGUCUCUGGGACUCCUUCCGCUCCCAGCUGCCGUUCCUUACCAUCUUCGACCCCGAGUCCCUGACACGCAUGAUCCGCUCGUUAAUCGAUACCCAGCGACAUCUGGGCUGGCUCCCGGACUGCCGCAUGUCCCUCUGCAAGGGUACACCCUUAUCCCCACCACAUCCACUCCCUCCACUGACAACAGCAGGCUACACCCAAGGCGGCUCCAACGCGGACGUCGUCCUCGCCGACGCCUUCGUCAAGGGCAUCUCAGACCAGAUCGACUGGGAGGCCGGCUACCGCGCGGUGAAAAAGGACGCCGACGAGGAGCCGUACGACUGGUCGAACGAAGGCCGCGGCGGCCUCAUGAGCUGGAAAUCGCUGCACUACAUCCCCGUCGAGGACUUUGACUACCUGGGCUUCGGCACUAUGACCCGCAGCGUCUCGCGCACCCUGGAGUACUCCUACAACGACUUCACCAUCGCCCAAAUCGCCCGCGGCAUGAACAACACCGCCGACGCGGAAAGGUACGAAGCCUCGUCGCGCAACUGGGAGAACCUCUUCCGCGCCGACCAGCGGUCCGUCGUGAACGGCUCUGAUACCGGGUUCACCGGCUUCGUGCAGCCAAAGUAUCUCAACGGAACCUGGGGGUAUCAGGACCCCACGACCUGCUCCAACCUCGACACCAGCGGCCGCUCCUGUUCCCUCCAGAACAACGCCGCCGAGACCUUCGAGUCCAGCAUCUGGGAAUACCAAUUGUACCCUCCCCCCAACCCACCUUCUUCCUCUUCCCCCCUCCAAACCAAGAAAUCUAACCAAUAG